AUGCGCUCAAUUCUCGGACCACAGUCACGGCGUCUGGGAUUUGUGAACCACUUGGCCUGGGUGGUGAACCCGGAUGGAAGCGAGUCGGAGAUAACGUCGGAAAUGUGUGUGCGAGUGAUAGGAGUGGGUGUGCGUCGUAAUGAUGCGUUGGUGGACAAGGUCUCCCUCGUCGCAAUUGUACCUAAAGCGUCGCUGGGUGAGAAGCCGAAGUUCUGGAGAAUCGGGGUGCCACAGUCCUGUCGCGAAGGUUACAAGCGACUGGAAGAUGUUGUCGGGGUGUCCGAGUUGCGCCGUCCCGAGUACAGCGUCGUGAGCGAACACAAACCGGGCGUGAAGAAGAUGUUCCGAGCGGUGACUGUGCCGGACUGGGAGAGCUCAGAGAAGGCGGAGAGAAUAUGGGAAGACACCUUUGGAGAUCCGCAGCCUGACCCGGAGCAGUGGGCGUGCGCAGACGUGGAGAACGAGCACUAUGAUGACGACAAACUGGAGGUCUGGUCUUGUCGUGAGUUGGUGGAAGGGGAGUGGGCCGUGUUGGCGCCUCGGCUGCCAGAGAGUUGGCGCGACGAAGCGGCGUCGUUGCUGCCCGGGUCAUUGUUGAGACCGAAGCCGGUGUCUGAAGCGGAAGCCUAUGGGUCGACGUUGCGGUCGCGACUGGAGGAAACGGGUUGGCUGGAGUCGGGUCCGGAACCGGAAAAUGCGUCGCAGAACUGGGUUCGACGUGUGUGGUCACGGCCAUGGGUUCGAAGAGGCGUGUAUGCCACAGGCGCGAGUCUCGUGGGAGGAGGUCUCCUUUGGCACUACUUCACCAGAGGCAAGGAGCAAGUGUCAUCCUUGAUGGUUCCGACGGAAGUCGAAGAAUCCAAGCACGGGCCCAUGGUGUGGAAACAGUCGAAAGAGUUGGUUCCUACUAACGCGCUAAACAAGUCGGACCUACUACAACUUGAACGACCGCCGUCCGAUUGCACUACGGGCGCGGUAAUCGUAGGCGACAAGACGUCGACACGUAAGGUCAUUAAAGACGUCUGUCACGGCGGUAGCGGUGGACUCCUUUGCAUAGUGAGAAGGGAGACUACUCUUGGGUACCCAGUUGAGACAUGCUACCGAUUCGGACUGGAUGUCGGUUACCCCAUGCGCGUCGUCUGGGACGGGGUCACCCAGGCCCGGGUCGCCCUGAGUUGCCGCGCCCACUGCGACCCACCUGCAACCGAACUCGACCGCGUCGGUCACCAAAUUUUCGGUGCUCUCCGGGGUACGACGAAAUCCGACGGGUCACUCCCCGCUAACAAGUCGCUCCCUACCACCGUGCCGCACCCCACCAACGGGUCGCUAGCCAUCAACGGGUCGCUCCCCACCGACAACGGUUCGGUGCUCGGCGGAACGUGGACCGAAGUCAACCCGGAGCCCGUGGGGCUCAGCGCGAUGGUAAUCGGGCCAGAGGCUGCAAGAGAGCUCGCAAAUUACCCCCGCCGCUUCGACUGUUCAGGCGCCUGCUCUAACUGUACGCGUCAGAGCUUCGAGCACUUCAAGGAACACGACUGCACUUGUGCCUUCGGCUACAUCGCCUGUCAAAGCUACGAACGCGGCAUCACCUAUCUCCAUGAAGAAGAAAUA